UGAGGCUCUUAACAUCUCCGGCGAGUUCUUCCGCGCGAAGCGUACGUUCACCAUCUAUCCGAUCCGAAUUCGAAUGCGAUCUCUUGUGUUUGCCAUCUCUGCUGUCGCCUGGGUUAUCUCCUUGGUGUGUGGUGUCUGCUACGUGAGGUGCAGGGCUGGAUGUGAAAUAAAUUGCGACAUUGAGGAAAGAAGAGUCGGGAUGAUGAUCGAAAUAUUGAGGCGACAGUUGUGGAGGAACACAAUAGAUGCGCUUUUUUAUGCUGAGGAAUCGACAUCGACUGACCUGGAUCGUGCGAUAUAGUCAAGUACCACGCCUACCUUCGCAAGAUGACUCGUUUCAACCCCACCCGCGGUGGUCCCUUCCACUUCCGCGCUCCCUCCCGCAUCUUCUACAAGGCCGUCCGCGGUAUGAUCCCCCACAAGACUGCCCGUGGUGCUGCCGCUCUGGAGCGCCUCAAGGUCUUCGAGGGUGUUCCUCCCCCCUACGACAAGAAGAAGCGCGUCGUCGUUCCCCAGGCCCUCCGUGUCCUCCGCCUCCGCCCCGGUCGCAAGUACUGCACCGUCGGCCGUCUGAGCCACGAGGUCGGCUGGAAGUACCAGGACGUCGUUGCCAGACUCGAGGAGCGGAGAAAGGUCAAGAGCAGCGCCUACUACGAGCGCAAGAAGGCUGCCCGCCGUCAACUCGUCCACGCCCAGAAGUCGGCGGCUGUCAGCGAGCAGACCAAGACCGAGCUUGCUCAGUACGGAUACUAGAUACCUGGUUGCGCGGCUGGUUGCCUGUGUCUGUGAUGGGAUGGGAUGGGAUCGCGAACGGUUACGGUUAUGUUUCAGCGACAGAUGGACGGCGAACCGAUCGACCUUUUUUUUUCUCUCCCUCUGUCCCUAACCUUUUCAUGAAAACCCCCCACAAUACUUACGUUGUGACGCACAUGGGAGGCUGGCGAGAUUCGAACUCUUAAUAAACAAAAAA